AAAAUAUUUUCGUUCUAAGACCGGUUAAUCAAAAUUAAGAUAUACCACGAGCGUAAAACACACAUAUGAUUCAUAAUCGACCAAUGAACAAUGCUCAAGGGCUGUUAGGGCAGCGUCCACAGCUAGGGCCCACACAAGGCUAUGGUCAGCCACACCCCCAAGGGAGGGGACAGACAGGGCCACGUGGUCCACACUUUGGUCAGGCAAACCAAGCCAUUGGCAGGAGACCAGGAGGUAAUGAGGGUCUACUAGGUAGAGCUCCAGCUGAAAAUCAACGGCGGGUGUCAAUCAGCCAGUCAUCACAAAGUCUUCUUGAGACACCAGCCUCCAGUUUGGCGGGGAAUAUUCCACAUAGCCGACCUUAUGAGCCACAGAGCAUCCACCAAGCCUUGAGUUCCCAGUCCCAUAACAAGCCUACAGCACAGAUGGGUUAUAACCAGGCAGGACACUACCAGCAACAGCAGCAGCAUCAACAUCAUGCCAGUGCUGGAUUGCCUGCAGAUUCAAACUAUUAUGAGGCAGAUAUGCCUGAAGAGCAGUAUGGUGAAACCCCUUAUGAUCAGGACCCUUAUGCUGAACAGGCCUAUGCUGAGCAACAGUAUGAAGCACCGGCUUAUGCUGAGCCAGAAGAAACUUACCCAGAGCUGUAUGCUGAGCCAGAGACUGGUUACUAUGAGGAGGACAUGAGAGCAGGAUUGAUGGAAUACGCUGCUGAGCAGGUCCAAGAACCAACUGUUGAAGAUUAUGCUGCACAUACUCCCUAUGCUGAGGAACAGUAUGUAGCCCCUGGGCCAAGACCUGGCCCCUCUCAGAGGAACCAGGGAAGGAUGAGGCCUGAAACUGUUGAAGAAUCAGCAGACUACGUGCCAUACAAUCGGCAAGACCAACAGUUCGGAAAUAGUAGAUCUGGUCCACAAAAUCAGUUAGGUGGCAAACAGCUGCAGCAACAAUAUGGUGGCCAUCAGCAGCAGCAGCAACAACAUCAGCCAAAAAGCUUGCUUGGUGCGCCACCGCACAUGAGAUCACAGACGCAGAAAACUCCAAUUCAGCAUAGAAUGAAACUUGAAGCCCCAGGCACCUUUGGUCACCCACAACAGCAACAUCCUAGUGGAGCAGGUAUGAUGGAAGCACAUGACCACAGGAAUCAAGGCCGUGGCCUUCUGGACACCCCAGAUGUUCAUGGUCACAGGGAUGGGUUACUGCAGAGUCCUGAGCCCAGAAGAGGCGGGCGGGGCUUACUGGAACAUCUGCCAAUGCAGCCACCUGUAAAGCCAGAAAUACUACAACCAGGCAGUGGUGAUAGAGGGCCUAGGUCGAAUGAGAGAGAGAGGAGGGGUGGAUCGAGAAACAGUCGAUGGCAACCAAAUGAGGAAGAGGGUUCAAACAUCACAGAGCAGAUGGAGCGGGCUAGCAGACUGAUGGACAGGGGGCGGGGGCGGGACAGGGGUGUUGGACAGGAGAUUGGGCGUGGUCAGGAAAGGGGGAGGGGUAGCAAGCAGAAUGAACAGAUAGAUCUACUGAGCAAGGCCAGCAUACAAAUGCAGCUUUUGGAGGAAGAAAAGGCAAGAAUGGUUGACAUAGAGCAACAAGAGAGGAUAAUGAUGAUGCAACAGCAGCAGGCACUGAUUGUGCAACAACAGCAGGCACAGUUGCUACAGCAACAGCAGCUGUUCCAGCAGCAGCAACAGGCGCAGUCAUUGCUGGGAAUGCCAGGCUCCGGAAGUGGGAACAUUCCCAGUCUGUUAGAUAUGUCUACCUCUCGUGGUGUACAAUCCCAGUUGGGCAAGAGGCCGGGGAUGCCUGCAAUGGCUGUUGAUAAUAAGAGACCCAAGGUAAAGCAUGAUGUACGCUCUAGGGAUCGCCAAACCAGUAGCAGAGAUAAAGAUCGUAGCAAUGACAUUCGCAGGAGAUCGCCUGAUAGGUCCCGAGACAGAAGGAGUCGACCCAGACACUCGCCUGUUUCUGCUACAAAUAAGCCCAGAGAUCGCAAGGACUCAGGGCGUGACAGCAGGAGAGGUAGUCACCAGGGUAGCAACAGGGAUCGUGGAAGGAAUGAUAAAAAAUCAGCUGAUGAUAAGAAAAAGAGUGAUAAGAAUACUGGUAAACCCUCCGACAAGAAAGAAGAUAGGAAGUCAGCUGGUUCAGGUAAAACUGGUUCUACUGUUGACAACAAGAUGAGGGUUACCAUGGAGAUAACUGAGGAGUAUGACCCCGCCAACCCCACUGAAGGGGUCAUCCCCAUGCAGACCGGGGAUGCUGAGGUUAAGCAAGAACCUUCAACAGUUAAGGAAAAAGAUUCGGGUAUUAAAGCUGAAGCUGUUGCUGCUAAAACACCGGCUGAGAAUAAAGAGAACCCUGCCAAGGAAGGUGUUAAAGAUGACAAGGGAGACAACUCUGAUAAGGAUGAGAAGAAGGGAGACAAGUCAGACACAGGCAAGGAAGAUAAACAGGAUAUCAGCCUCACUGUGACGGUCAACAAGAAGGGGCGUUCUGUCAACGAUUCUGACAAGGACUCGGACAGCAAGUCUAAGAAGAAGCGGAUGUAUACGUGCCAGGUGUGCACUAUUGACUGCUUUGAUAUGGAGAGUUUUUCCCGACACAUGAGUGGCCAGAAACAUCGAACGAAUAUGAGCGUGGUUACCAUGGCGCAGGCGUCCACCCUGGACCUUGCCAAAUCUCGUUCCCUGGCAGAGGAGCACCUUCGACAGAUAGAGGGCAGCAAAACCACUAGGAAAGAGCCAUCUAAGGUGAAGGACAACCAUUGUAGGACUUGUGACAAGAAAUACAUUGGGGCUUUCAAGGAACACAAGAUGACUCCCGAACACAAGGCCCGAGACGACCGUGCAAAGGCUGGCUGUAAAAUCUGCAAGGUGACCUCGUUCAGCGGCUUUCCUGAUCUCCGUAAACAUCUAGAGAGUGCCUGGCAUAGAAAGAAAGUCAGGCGAUCUGAUUGGCCAGAGUGCAGGCUGUGUAACCAGAAGUUCAAAUCCCCACGCAAGUUUGUACAGCACUGUAAAACAAACAGACAUAGAGAGAACAAGCGAGCUCUGAAGUCAGAGGACCAAGAGAAGGAUGAGUUAGCAGAUCUUGUUACCUUGGAUACCGUCGGCUUUGAUGAUGAUGCUGCUGGGGAUGGUAAGAAGACCAAGUCAGCCAACAAGGAUUCCAUGAAUGAGGCUGUAAAAUCCCCAUCUGCUCCAUCGACUCCUACAACUUCAUCCACUUCAUCUGUUCCUUCUGCUCCAUCCGUUCCUUCCACUCCAUCUGCUCCAUCUGUGUCAUCCACACCACAGAAGACGGAGGAAGAGCUUGAGAUGCCGGGGGAUUAUGAGGCCACCGUCUGCUAUGGUCAGUCGUUCAUAGUGCCUGUGUAUGGGUUCUUCUGCAAGGUGUGUAGCAAGUUCUACAACAAUGAGCAGGCAGCAAAGGUCACACACUGUCAGUCCAAACCACAUUAUGAGAAGGUCAAGACUGCCAUUGCAAAGAAACUGAAUGCCAAAAAAGCGAAGGCAACACCAGCCAAAACUAGCACCUCUGAUAACUCAGCCAACCAAUCAGAAACCAAUAGUCGAAGGGAAUCAAGAGCUGAAUCCAGUAAUGAGGACCAGGCAGGGAAAUCCAAUGAAGAGGCACAAGACGGGGAAUCCAACACAAAAAAUGAGACCAGUGGAAACAGUAAAGAGGCACUGAAUGGGGAAGACAAAGAGGCAGCAGAAGGGGAGAAAACUCCUACAGAAGGAAUUGAAACCAAUGAGGAAGGUAGCAAGGACGGUAGUACAGGCACCGAAGGAGAAAAGUCAGACAAUCCUGAUAACACAGAUACUCCUGAACAAAAGGAGGACAACAAACCUGAUGAGGAGUCCAAUCCAGGGGAGACAACUAUGGACAAAGGUGGAGAUGAAGAAACAGCAGGGGAGGAUAUGGAGAAAAAUGAAGAGGAGUCAGGGGAGACAAUGGAGGAUGGAGAAAGCCAGGAAAUGUUUGUGAAUGUCAGUGAGAAGUCUUCAACCCCUAAGGCCAAACGGGGUGGGGCUUCUGGAAGGGGCCCAAGGGCUAGAAGGGGGCGCAAAAAUAACUGAAUUAAAUUUGUGUUUUAAAUUGCCAAAAAACAAAUUGUGAAAAAUAUGAUACUUUAACAUGACACAUGUACAUGUGAUCUUCUUAAUCCUGUUUUGUGCUCAAAGGACAAGUUUAAAACAUGUCGGCUAUAUUCAGGGCUCAUGUUAACCACAAAUCACACUGAUAAGAGUAGGUUAUAAAGAUAGUGAAGUGUUUAUUUGUGAGUUGUCAAUAAACCUUAAUGUAACAAAGAGAUAUUCACAAAUGAUUAAUGUCGAACUGAUACUUAAACUUGAACUGGUAGCUUCAAGUACCAAUAAAAGUAGAGAUGUAUAUACACAAUCACUCUGUUCAUGUCAUUUUGUAGGUAAUUGAAGAAAUCAUUUUGUUUUCUGUCAUGUUUCAAAGAAAGUAAGGCUAAAUGUUAUAAAAGCAAUUUAAGCAUUGCAGUGAACAGAACAAUCAUGUUGCAACUUAAGUAUGAGGCUCAAAAUACAGGAUGUUGAAUUUUUCAAUCUUACUAGAUUGUUGUUGAACUAUAGUUUAUUGGUAUUUGUAUGCAAUUUUCAUAAAAAUAAAAUGACUUUUAAUCACA